CCUCUUUCCAGAAGCCUCGUAUCCCUGUCCGACACGCAUCUCCACUCCACCUUUUUUUUGCGGAUCGGAUGGCAUAGGAUAGGGGACGGUGGAGAAGGCAUACCGUACCGUAAAUCUACCUACAAAACCUUCGUUUUCCUAUUGUUACCUACGAUUUCUCCCCUACCUUUUCGAAAUUGUACACGACGCGAUACGUGAAGGGAGGGUCGAUUGGUUGAAGGGGAAAAUAAAAAUGUCGAAGACGACUUCUGCGACGACGACGGUGAAGAGAAAGGGGAUGAGUCAGGUGGUGGGGAAGCAGGAGGUUGAGGUUGAUCUGCGAGAGACGGAGAUUGGGAAGGAGAAGGAGAAGGAUUUCUUUUGGACGUAUACGGAGGAACCGCAUCGGACGAGACGAAUGGCUAUUAUCAAGGCUCAUCCUGAGGUAUUUCCUAUCCCAUCCUAUGCCAUUGCCCCUUUGGCCCCUCUACAUCCCCAAUUCCCCUCCACCGUUUUCCACCAGCUAACCUUCCUCCAGGUAACCAAACUCUGCGGUCCCGAGCCCCUAACGAAAUACGUCGUCCUCCUCGUCGUCUCCAUCCAAAUCCUCGCCGCAUAUCUAUUACAAAACACUCCUGUGUUGAGCUGGCGGUUCUUCCUCACGGCGUAUGUCGUGGGCGCUACCGCGAACCAGAAUCUGUUCCUGGCGAUCCAUGAGAUUAGCCACAAUCUUGCUUUCAGGAAGGCGUGGAUGAAUCGCGCGUUGGCUGUGGUGGCGAAUCUGCCGAUUGGGAUUGCGUAUUCGGCGAGUUUUAGGGUAUGUUUUUUUCUGCUUUUGGGGAGGGGAACGGGGAGGGGAGAAGGGGGAGGGAGGCGUUGUAGCAGAUGGCGGGUUGUUGGGGAUCGAGGGAUGUGGAGGAAUUGGUUGGCAGAAGGAUACAAUUGAGAGGAAGCAAAGGAAACAAAAGAAACAAGACACAUGCUAACAAAUUAUUGAAAAACAGCCCUACCACCUAACCCACCACAAAUCCCUCGGUGUCGACGGUCUAGACACCGACCUCCCCACCCCCCUCGAAGCCGUCUUCCUCGACUCCAUCCUCGGAAAAGCCUUCUUCUGCACCUUCCAAAUCCUCUUCUACGCCCUCCGUCCCAUGUUCAUCUACGCGGUCCCCUUCACAAGCAUCCAUUACAUCAACAUCCUCGUACAAUACUCCUUCGAUAUCCUCCUCGUCAAAACGUGCACACUCAACAGCCUCCUCUACCUCAUCCUCAGCUCCUUCCUCGCCGGCUCCCUCCACCCCUGCGCGGGGCACUUCAUCGCUGAACACUAUAUCUUCGACCCUCCUGCCCCUUCUGUUGAUCCGUUGACGCAGACGAUGAUCCCCGAGACGUUUAGUUAUUAUGGUGUUCUGAAUUUCUUCACGUAUAAUGUGGGAUUGCAUAAUGAGCAUCAUGAUUUUCCUGCUGUGCCCUGGACUAGGCUUUGGAAGUUACGAGAGAUUGCGGGGGAGUUCUAUGAGGUUCUCCCGCGGCAUGAGAGUUGGGUUAGUGUUAUUUGGAGGUUUGUGCUGGAUGAGAAGGUGGGGAUGAGGUGUAGGGUUAAGAGGAAGGAGGGGGGACGGAAG